AUGUCUUCUCGGCCAGAUCUAAGGGUCGACGACGAAGUCGGAUUCAUUCGAUUCUUCCAUUCUCUCCCAACACCCGACAACAAUGAGACAAUCCGCGUAUUCGACCGAGGCGAAUGGUACUCAUCCCACGGCGGCGAUGCAGAGUUCAUAGCUCGCACCGUGUACAAGACGACCUCAGUGCUGCGCAACCUCGGCCGCAGCGAGACAGGAGGCCUGCCGUCCGUGACCAUGAGCGUGACGGUCUUCCGCAACUUCCUGCGCGAGGCGCUGUUCCGACUCAACAAACGUAUUGAGAUAUGGGGGUCCGGGGGCACGGGCAAGGGGAACUGGAAGCUCGUUAAGCAGGCCAGUCCCGGCAACUUGCAGGAUGUGGAGGACGAGCUGGGCAGCGUGGGUGCCUUGUCAAUGGAGUCUGCGCCGAUUAUAUUGUCCGUCAAGAUCUCGGCACGCGCCGCAGAGGCUCGACAUGUGGGUGUUUGCUUUGCGGACGCGAGCGUGCGCGAGCUCGGUGUUAGCGAGUUUCUCGAUAACGAUGUCUACUCCAAUUUCGAGUCGUUGGUCAUUCAGCUCGGUGUGAAGGAGUGUUUGAUCACGAUGGAUACAACGCGCAAGGAUGUCGAGCUGGGCAAGAUCCGCGCUAUUGCGGAUACCUGUGGGAUUGCCAUUUCGGAACGCCCAGCCGCCGAUUUCGGGGUCCGUGAUAUUGAGCAGGAUCUGACGCGGUUGCUGCGGGAUGAGCGCUCGGCGGGGACGUUACCGCAAACAGAGCUGAAGCUGGCGAUGGGCUCUGCGUCGGCCUUGAUCAAGUAUUUGGGCGUCAUGUCCGACCCCACCAAUUUCGGGCAGUACCAGCUGUACCAGCAUGAUCUGUCGCAGUUCAUGAAACUGGAUGCUUCAGCGCUCAGGGCGCUGAAUCUUAUGCCCGGCCCACGGGACGGGCAUAAGAGCAUGAGCUUGUUUGGUUUGUUGAAUCACUGCAAGACGCCUGUGGGCAGUCGUCUGCUGGCGCAGUGGUUAAAGCAGCCACUGAUGGACCUGGCUGAGAUUGAACAGCGGCAGCAGCUGGUCGAGGCGUUUGUCGUCAACACGGAGCUGCGACAGACAAUGCAGGAAGAACAUCUACGUGCCAUUCCGGACCUUUACCGGCUUGCGAAGCGGUUCCAACGAAAACAGGCCAACUUGGAAGAUGUUGUCCGCGUAUACCAAGUUGCCAUUCGGCUGCCUGGAUUUGUCAGUGCGCUGGAUGACGUGAUGGAUGAGCAAUACCAGUCACCGUUACAAAAGGAAUACGCCUCCAAGCUUCGGGGUCAUUCUGAUAGCUUGGCCAAGCUGGAGGAGAUGGUGGAAACGACGGUCGACCUCGAUGCGCUCGAGAACCACGAAUUCAUCAUUAAGCCCGAGUUUGAUGAGAGUCUUCGCAUUAUUCGAAAGAAGUUGGACAAGUUGCGGUACGACAUGGACAUGGAACAUCGCCGUGUUUCCAAAGACCUCAACCAGGACAUGGAGAAGAAACUGUUUCUGGAGAACCACCGCGUGCAUGGUUGGUGCUUCCGUCUCACCCGCACAGAGGCGGGGUGCAUUCGCAACAAGAAAGAAUACCAGGAAUGCUCGACGCAGAAGAACGGCGUGUACUUCACCACAUCGACUAUGCAGUCCCUCCGUCGCGAGCAUGACCAGCUCUCCUCCAACUACAACCGCACUCAGUCCGGACUGGUCAACGAGGUUGUAAGCGUCGCGACAUCGUACUGCCCCGUUCUGGAGCAGCUCGCCGGUGUCCUCGCUCACCUGGAUGUCAUUAUCAGCUUUGCUCAUGCCUCGGUCCAUGCCCCCUCGGGCUAUGUCCGCCCAAAGAUGCACCCGCGCGGGACAGGGAACACCGUGCUCAAGGAAGCUCGCCACCCGUGCAUGGAGAUGCAGGACGACAUCUCAUUCAUAACCAAUGAUGUCUCCUUGAUCCGCGAUGAGUCCUCGUUUCUCAUCAUCACCGGUCCCAACAUGGGUGGCAAGUCCACAUAUAUCCGCCAGAUCGGCGUGAUCGCGCUCAUGGCGCAGACGGGCUGCUUCGUGCCCUGCACCGAGGCCGAACUCACCAUUUUCGACUGCAUUCUGGCUCGGGUGGGCGCCAGCGACUCGCAACUCAAGGGCGUCUCGACCUUUAUGGCGGAAAUGCUCGAGACUUCCAACAUCCUCAAGUCCGCGACCUCGGACUCCCUGAUCAUCAUCGACGAACUCGGUCGGGGCACCAGCACCUACGACGGAUUCGGUCUUGCCUGGGCGAUCUCUGAGCACAUCGUCACCGAGAUCCGUUGCUUCGGCCUCUUCGCUACCCACUUCCACGAGCUGACCGCGCUGGCGGACCGGUACCCCAAAGCUGUCCAGAACUUGCACGUUGUCGCGUUCAUCGGUGACGGUACUGAGGCUGCCACUGAGACGGAAACAAAGAAGAAGCGUCAAGUGACUCUUCUCUACCGGGUGGAGCCCGGGAUCUGCGACCAGUCAUUCGGUAUUCAUGUUGCGGAACUGGUGCGCUUCCCGGAUAAAGUAGUGAACAUGGCGCGCCAGAAAGCCGAGGAGCUGGAAGACUUCUCGACCACUGAGAACAAUGGGGACAAGGCACAGGAACCUGUUCCCUCGCUCGACAAGUACUCUCAGGAGGAGGUGGAGGAGGGCAGCUCCCUCCUCAAAGAGAUGCUGAUGAAAUGGAAGACGGAGAUCGGGGGCAAGGAUUUGACCGCCGAACAGAAGCGCCAGGCUAUGCGGGAUCUGGUCAACGGGGACGCAAAGCUACAGGCCAACAAGGUCUUCCAGGGUAUUACGGCUUUGUAG